UGAACAUUUUGCGCCCACUAAGAAACCAUUGCUAUGUGGCCUAUUUGUGAUCGCGUACUAUAGGCGACCACAGUUUAAGUCGAAUCGCAUUCCGUCGACCUCAGAUGGCUUCGUGGCUCAACCGACAGCGCAAACAGACGCUUCUGGAUUUGUCGCGUGAAGCAGGCCUAGUACAGGACGGCAACCAGUUGAAAGAAGACAUAGUCGACUCCCUUGACGCGUACCUGCGACAGAAUGCGACACAACUGGCGCACAACUCCGCUUUCGAGCAGUACUAUGGCAGUCGGCGUACGCCGUACAAGGCGCGGUCGAGUAGUGCGACCGUCGACAUGACGGCAGACGAUGCUGAGGUGAAGAGUGUCGUCAAGGGACGAGGGAGGCGGGCAACGAAGGUCAAGCAGGAGCUUGACGACGACCAUGAACACAUGCCCCUCGCUGGCUCCAGUAAUCAGCCUAACCAUGUCUCUCCUGUACCGACAAGCACGACCACCAAGCGCACACCAGGCCGUCCACGACGACAAACCCAACAGCUUCCUCCAUCACCGGCCGAUGUUGCGGACCUGGCUGAAUACGAAUCCUCCCAGAUCUUCGCCGGCAUCAACGACGCGAUCAGCGUUUCGGGCAUACCGAGAGCCAUUGACAGUCUGCGCGAGAUCUGCUCGUCGGUCACCGGCAUCCAAACGGCCAUCCAAUUAGUAGAAGCGUACGCACUGCAGACAGCUGUCUUGCCCAAAAUCUACAUCACCGAGAUUACAGCUGUCCGAGGCUUUGGUGCACCGGCGAUACCGAUCUACUUCUCAGACCUGUUCCAGCUUCUGACCGCGAACUUCUGGCUACCAACACUGCUCUAUGCGACCACUUCGAUCUUCAUUCCAGCGACGCUGGCUUACUUCUGCAACCUUACCGUUAAAGAUGUCAAGCGUCACGGGGCCAGAGUCAGCAUUGCGCGAUAUCCAAUCGAUCCGCUUACGUUUAAUGUCGUUAAAGCGCUGCUUACUUGGGUUGUGUACGGGCAGGAUUUCAUGAGUGGAGCUGUGGGCGCAGACAAUGUUCUCACAGUCCGCAAUGCUAUGUUUGGUGGGUACCAGGGUGUGAUCAUUGGUUGCGGUGUUUGUAUUCUUGCAAGUCUGUAUGAGGCUGCUCAACGCAAAGUGUAGGACUACAAAAGACGAUACGGAGCUCGAGGUCACUUGUGAGAAGAUUGAUGUUGUAUGCAGGUACGACUGAUGGCGUAACUAAUGAUUUAUUUCAUGCAUGCUUGACAGGGAGGUUGAGCGCACGGGGCUGUUGGUGUUACGCAGCUGCAGAACGAUUCUGGCAAGCGUGUCUUAGCCUUCGUCUUCUUUGGCUUCGAACUCUGCUCUUACCCUCACUACGCUUCCGACGUAGCCGAAGACGACCCCAUCCGAACACUACAUCCGACCUGCAAUGCUAGUACUAUU